AUGUGUGUAGGACAACGGAGACGAGUCAACUUAGUUCGACGAUUUUGUCGUGAGGCGAUCCGAGCGGGGAUCAGAAGUUGGUGCCGUUCUCAUCAAGACUGGUCCUUCUUGGCCAAGAAUUCUUCGAUUGCUCGUGUAGCUGUGAAUGACAUACGUGGAGACUUUUCUCCAAACGCUCCAGGACAUAAGGAGGAUUACUGCAAAGUCGCCGUCGAAGGUCCAACCGGAAAGCAUGCGGCCGCCUAUCCUUUUGAAAGGCGAUCCGAUCAGGGAUCAGGGGUAGUUUGGGCUCGCAACAACCGUUCGCCGGACAUCACUCAGGCAACUGCCAACAUCAAACACUGCAGCCGAUCUCCGGAAAAACUGAUGGACAAGAAAGAAUUGACUCAAAGUCAAUGCUUUUCGUUCAAAUUGGACACUUUUGCAGACUGGGCGUUACGACAUCCACGAGAGCCACGCGGAGCCGUCACCCGGAGUCGACAAAGUGAUAUUUUGACUCGUGCAGGUGUGGCUGCUUGA